UCGGGAGGCGCUCAGCGCCUGACAACGCUAAACCUUGUCGGUUGUCAUAGAGAAGGGUUGAAUUUGCCCGGUGGAAUGGUAGCGUGCACCUGAAGUCAAUGAGACUCUACAAAAGAGAGAGAAAGAGAAGGAGAGAGAGUGUGUGUGAAUGAGUGAGAGAAUGAUAGCGAGAGUAAAGUCCAGGUGAGGAACCUGAAAAUGAGUGGACGAGAGGAGGAUCUAGGCAUAAAGAGGUUGGACAUGUUUUGUUUGCGGGCACCUGCAUCGAUUGCACAUCAAGUAGAGGAAGACGAGAGAGGAGGAGAAAAGACGGCGGGCUCCUGCCUGCAUCCUGUUGUUGUAGUUGAUUCGGAGUGUAGGAGGUAUUCUGGCAUGGCUUGACGAGUGUUUGAUUACGCUAACUGUUGCAGCUGUGCCUCUAUGAGAAUUUCUGGUCCCUUUGACCGAGGUUUGAUUGUAAGAAAAUUUCUGAACUUGAGUCCGAUCUAUUCGUAGCAACACUGGUUUCACUGUGUUACCAGACCUGUAGCCGUCGCCAGCUAGUCCACACAAGAAGAUAAGAUCGAGAGAAUUUUCUGGUUGUUGGGAAUACCCAAAGCUGUCAUCCUUAUGAUGUUGUAAUCAUUCGUGCUGAGUGACAAAGCUGAGGAACUCUUCCGAAUCUGUUCAACAUAGUAUACGCCCCACCGACACUGCCCUUCAUGGUCCUUGGUAGGCCGUUUUAUUCAAAGAAUCUAUUACGACCUCGGAUAAGAACUGCACGCCCGUCCUUUCUUUUACGUAGUUAUUUGCAGUUAUCUGCAGCUAUUGAGACAGCCACAACGUUGGCGUACGUGAACCGGCUGGUGCGAAAGAUUCGUGAAACUUGAAGAAUGCCAACCCUCAGUUGUAGGAUUUUGCUAUUUCUGACAAUGGUUCCUUACCUGGCUGCUGCUGGUCGCCCCAUACCCGCUCCACCAUUGAUUGCAAGCUCCACAACCACACCUCAAGUCAAGUUAACUUGGGGUUUAACGUCUGGAGAAGAUCUGGGAAUUGCAGAACUGACCUGGAAAUAUGGUAGCCAAUAUCAGGAUUCAAGUCCACCAUCUCCUCGUGUAGCCAGUUUCCGCGGCAAUGUGAAGAAGAUCUACAGAGACGGUUCGAUCUUUGGUCACCGAAUAUUGCUUGGCUCAGCUCCUCCUUCUUGUCAAGGGAAAUGCGGAUUAUGUGUUCCAUGCAACCCAAUUCAUUUUUCCCUCGGCGGUCCGCACGGGUCAAUAUCGCAGCAAGAAUACUAUCCGGAGGUCUGGAGAUGCAAAUGUGGCAACCACUUCUUUAUGCCGUAGCGCCAUUCCCUGAUUGCAGUCCUCCGGUUUCAAGUCCCACGGAAGGACGGCUUUCGAAGAAAAACUUAAAAUAAUUACAUGGAAGAGAAGACACACAAAUAUCGCGCUUACUUCUAGGCUAAUUCCAAUGAAAUCUAGUCAUUUGGAGCAUUACUUGGAACCAAACUUGAUCCCAGAUUAUGGAAACAAACCAAAAAAAAAAAAAGGUUCCCUGGGACGGUACCACUGAUUGGAUCUCUUGGUACGACCUCUCAACAUGAACAAGCUGAAGCAGCUCUUUAGACUUGGCCUGUUACAAAGUCGAACUGGAUCUUAACUUCUCGUGUACAGCUAAUUUUGAGGGUUUACCAGUAUAUGCACUGAUUUGUUUUCACUACUUGCUACUACGAUAUGGUGGCAAUGUAGACGAUUAACUUGGAAGAUGUAGGUGUCGAGCUCCAAAGGAUUCAUGUAGAGCAUUGUAUUGUAAUGACUUUGAUAGGAUUUAUAUAGUAGAGGAGUUGAGAUUGAAGCUGUAAGAUGCAUCAACGCACAACCUGCCGGUGCAAGUGUUGAAUAAUUUUAAGCCAAGAUUGGUCCCUCACACCAUAUUCUCUGUUGAUACGUAGAAGGUAUGUACAGACUCUGAAGUAUUUUCCAGAUACACAUGUUUGGGGUGCCGGAUACAGCAUUAUAUGUAAUAAUGCCCAUAUUGUGGCUGGCCAAUUAUAUCA